ACUCUCGAAACCUCUCUUCCGUGGGACAACCCAACAAGUCCUCUUUCCCAGUGUAAGAGUGAAAUCUCCUCAUAUUUUCGAAACGGACACAGGACUUUGCUGGUUCAAAUUAGAUAGAAUUUCCACUACAAAUAUGUCUUCAGAUUUGAAAGUCUAUGUUGGCUUCUGGGUCAACUACUCGAAAGGGGCCAUUCUCGGAUCGACUUUGACUCUCCCAGAGCGUAAUGGGGUCAUUCUCAUUGCGGCUGUUGCCAUAUUCAUUCAGCUUAUCGGCCUCCAGAGUUGGGGCAUUAUCCGUUUCAUCACACACCAAUUCCGUACAACCACCCAGGCCAGAGACGGCUUGUUCCAUCAGCAGCAAGCAAUAUUGAGAAAUGACACUUCCGAUAUUGGGACUGUUUGGUGGUUUACCAGGAUGGCUUAUGCCUGGCGGUCUCGCACCCAGAAAAUUUCACGGAGGUCUAUCGGCGUUAUCUUGAUUGCCAUUCUACAUUUGGUAGCUUUUGGCGCUGCCAGUGUUUUAGCGUCGCACAUAACGACCACCGAUGACCAGGUCCUCGGAGUACGAAGCCCUUAUUGUGGAGCAUGGGCACUAGACACUUCCGAUCCAUUUGACUCCAGCACUUAUAUUCCGUAUGCGACCUAUAUGGAAACCACUAUGCAAACUAGCGACAAAUACGUCCAAGACUGCCUAGUUCAAGGACAGUCGCUUCCAGAAUGCAAAACAUUCAAGCAAUUAGGUUUCAACUGGACUUCAAGCACAAACCAACCGUGUCCUUUCGACGACAUGUGUCUGGGCUCAGGUGAUAACUCUCUUCAUCUUGAUACAGGACUACUUGACUCUAGUCGAGAUUUCGGCAUCAAUGGAAAAGCUGAAGACCGGAUUCAAUGGAGGAAGACCGCAACUUGUGUACCUAUCACAACAAGUGGGUAUAGCAAGCACGGCGCAAGUACCAUGACUUAUGAUCGCUUCAACGAUAAAGGCACCAGUAAUUUCACUUACACGGCCGUGUUCUAUGGACCUAACGCUGAUUUCAAUCUGUCGUCAAUGGGGAUUACCGAUCCUAAUUUGAUCAACUCCAUUUACAUCUUGACGAACUACCAGGACGUGGAAAUAGUAUUAACAAGCUCGAUGUAUGAUUUAGUAAACUUUGUGGCAGAACCACCAGAAGAUGAAGUAGAGGUGGAUUUCUACGCCAUGCCAGCAUUGGUCGUGCCGGACACUACCUUGACAUUAGCUUUUGCGUCUCUCAAGGGAGGCUACACCGAGCCCAGCAAUGACCUAUGGCUACCAGCUCACGUCGAAUACAACCUAACCUACAGUGGCAGCACAGGGCAGAUCAACAAAACCAUAUAUCUUCUCGAUAACUCGGUUUCUGUAUUAGGCUGCAUCGAACAGCACCAAUUCUGUAAUCCCUCUCCCGUUUCCAGCAAAAAUGCAACCUGUACACAGAUGCGGUCCAUCACACAUACCUUCUCGGACGAAGAAUUCGACGUGUUUGAUAACAGUCGUCAGAUAUAUAUAGCGAAUUUACUCUCAGACCAAGCAGCAAAUUCCCAAUUCACUAUAGCUAUGUUCAAUGCGCCACUGCUAGCGGAAAGCUUUGCUUCCGUCGGAUUCUCACUGCCAAUAGCUGCCGAUCAAUGGAUCCUGGAGGUAAAGAACUGGUGGACUGUUAGUCUCGCCGGUACGCAACGUCUUCUCACAGAGAUUGCCAUUGGACCAGCGUCCAGCCAAUACAACCAGUUUAUCCCUCCAAAUCAAGCCAGUAACGAUACAGACCUGGCUUUCUUCUGCGAUCAUCAGAUUAUACGACGCGAUGACUACACCAACUUCUAUACUCUGUCCAUCAGUUUGAUUUUCGCCUUGGGAGUUGUGCUGUUUUUGGUCAAUCAGUGUUUGGAAACUGUAGUAGGAUGGUACCGCUCAAAAUUCAAGACUGGACGCUGGAGGCAGCGAGCAUGGUGGGCUGAAGGAACGCUGCAAUUGCAGAGACGAGCCUUUGAAGGCAUUGGUAUCAAAGGCUGGGAGCGGGACGAAUGGGACCGUGUGCCAGUGACGGAAGAAAGAAAGAUGUUCAGCGCGCUGAGAAAUUGGGAUGAGAUGUUGCCAGUGGCUGCAGACCACAAGGGUACAAGUAUUGUGCACCUGGAAAAGGUGCAGUCUCCAACCUCGUCGGAAGAGUCGAAGCUGAGGAAUGUGAUUGUGCAGGUGCACUCUACCACUUCUUCGACUUCUGGAGGCCUGAGCGCAGGCAGCGAUGGGAGACCACGUUCUGUUUGAACGAGUGUUUGUUGGUGAAUUCGUGUGUUCAAAGGGGUGACAGCUCGCUUCGUGAAGAAAGUCCCCAGUUGCAGUGCAGACAACGCAGCAGCUCUUUCAUGUCCCAACUCGAAGGUGGAUAUAUGGCAUUC